AAUAAAGGAAUAAAAACGUUAAAGUUUUACCUGUUAAAUCAAAAUAAGACUUCACUUCUGAAGUCAUCACCUUUGAAUCUUUGUAUAAUGUUAUUUUUGGUUCACCAUGACGUUUUUUUUUUCAUCUUCAUCUUUUUUUUUUUAUCUGGCAGAAAUUGACUUCCAUACUCUUAGACUAAAACUAAGUGGGCUCCAGUCUGACAUAUGUGUGUGAAUCCAGCCCCACAGAGGAUGUCCUUGCAACACAGUCCAUUAAUUUUUUUUUUCUUUCUCUCUCCUCUCGAGCAUUUGAGAGUGAGCAAGGAAGCAGAAAGAGCAGAGCCUCCGAGAGGCGGAGUGCGAGGAAAUGUCGGCUGUUUGACAGGAACACAACAUCUGUAUGAGAGACAAAACAAUACAUCCACCUUUUAAUGUGAUGGUAUGGAGGACUGUGGGAGUGGAUGCACGUGAUUGUAUCCGGUAAAGUGCGGCGGGUUCGUCGGUAAGGAGAGUGAAAGGAGGCAGAGCAGCGAGAUGCAGAGCGUUUGUGUCAGCUCGGCUAUCCAAGAGAGGACGUGAUGACCGGCGGUGACCAUGGAUCCUCCUGUUUGCUCUGGCGCCUCGAACCAAGACAAACGCGACAAACCCGAGUAAAGAAAAUGAAGAGGUGAACCUCUGGCUGACGUUCUGCGAGCCUUACAUCUGAAAACCUGAAAGGGAAGGACAGCUGCUGAUAUUAAUCACCUAAUGCAACGCUUUCAGGAACUGACAGUGUGAGGAAGUAACCAGGUAUUUCCCAGAGGUGUCAUCUGCUGCAGCUCAACCUGAAAGUAAAAAAGAAAAAUCGCUGGAGGAGCAUGGGCCGUGGAGUUCAGAGCAGCGAGUUGUCCCCUGGAUGUCACACCCCCAGGAACAAAUGAGCAGCAGCGGAUUUGGCAGCAGCUCCAGCUUGCUCCAGGGCCGGCGUUUCUACUGUCGGGAAUGGGCCCUGGACAAGCUGCGCCGCUGCCUGGACACCCGCUCCGUGCCGGGACAGCCGCCAGGGGUGCUGGUGACUGGGGGCCCUGGUGCCGGAAAAACUGCCCUGUGCACUGAGGUGGUGUGGCCCACUUCGAAGGCAGGCCUGGCGAUCGGGCUGGCACCGCGCUGCCUAGCCUACCACUUUUGCCAGAGGGAGGACCAGAGGAGUACGGUGGUGUGGAGGUUUGUCCUGGGCCUCGUGGAACAGCUGAUGGCCUCACCUCUUCUCUCUCCUGGGUACAAAGAGAUCCUCAACAGCCCGUCUGUAUCCCCCACUCUGGAGCCUCUCAGCUGUCAAAGAAACCCUGAUGACACCUUCAAGAGAGCAGUGUUGGGACCCCUGUUGGACCUUCCUCCUCCUGCCCAGACUCUGAUGGUGGUGGUGGACUCCCUGGACGUGGGAUAUGGAGCAGGUGAAGGACGUGGGAAGUGCAGAUCCAUUGCAGAGCUCCUGGCUGCUAAUCAACACCUGCUGCCCAGCUGGCUGCUGCUGGUCUGCUCCGUCCGCCGCCACAACAAGGCCGUCUGCAAGAUGUUCUCAGGUUUCCGUAAGCUCUGUCUGGAUGAUCUACGGAAGCCCCCGCCAGUCCGUGAUGUGCAGCAGUACAUCCUCUGCCGGCUGGAUGAAGAAGCAGCACUUCGGCGUCAGCUCACCCCUGACACGGCUGACAUGCUGAAUCUGCUGCACAUCAAGAGCGGCGGCUGCUUGCUCUUCCUUGAGCGUGUGCUGGAUGGUGUGGCAGGUGCACUGGUGGGUCUCCGGGAGAUCCGGGACAUCCCUGGGACCCUCAACGGCCUCUACCUGUGGUUGUGCCAAAGACUGUUUCCCAGGGGGCUGUUUGUCUAUGUCAGGCCUCUCCUCAAUGUCCUCUUGGCUGCCCCAAGCCCACUCACACCCCAGCAACUGUUCACAGCAGCCUGGACACACGACAACAUGCUCAGCCUCCAGGACUUCCAGAACAAGCUCCGAACACUCUCUCCUCUCCUGAUCGAUGGCCCUGGAAGCACCAAACUACUUUUUCAUGCCAGCUUUGCUGAGUGGCUGAUGGAUGUUAAGUAUUGCACACAGAAGUACCUCUGUAGCAGAACAGAAGGUCACAGCAUGCUUGCCAUGGCUCUGACUUUGCAGGGACCCCACCUGGACAUUGAAGACACUUGCCAGCUAGCCACACAUUUAGUUUGCUCAGGUCACCAUAAGAAUAACCCCUCACUAUUGGCACUGUGGAUGCUGUGGAUAGGUGUGCCUGCUUUUACUCCUAGUGACAGUAGUGCCCUCAGCACAUCCUUAAACCAGCCUCCUGUUCUGGUCAGUCAAGAAGUUCUUCAGCUGUUAACGAAGAGCGGGCUCGUCUCUGCAUCCUUUUUCUCAGAUGCAGACCCAAGUGUGGGUGUGCAUUGUAUAGGUGAAGAGGAAGCUAAUUUAAGACAGGCAUUUGAAAAGGAGAUGUCUGUAAAGAAGCUGCUAGAGAGUGGGGUGUCCGUAAACCAGCCAUCUACAGAUGGACAGACCUUGCUUGCAAGCGUAGCCCACGAGGGUUCUGCAAAUGUAGCCGAACUUCUCCUGACACGCGGAUCUGAUCCCCUGGAGAGUGAUCAUCAGGGUCAAACACCGCUGACUUUGGCUUCCCGGCAGGGUCACGUCAAAGUGUUGACUGUGCUCCUGGAAUGGGCCAAGAACCAGGAACCAGAAACUGCAGUGCAGAUGAUGGAGCAUGUUGACAAUGAAGGCUGGACCGCACUGCGCUCUGCAGCCUGGGGAGGACACAGUGAGGCUGUCCGGAUUCUGCUAGAUGCAGGAGCAGAUGUGGAUGGAUGUGACGGUGAGGGACGGACUGCUCUUAGAGCUGCUGCGUGGGGGGGUCAUGAUGAAAUCGUCCUGACGCUGUUGGACUAUGGGGCACAGGUUGAUAAAGCUGACAGUAAGGGCCGUACGCCACUUAUUGCUGCUGCCUAUAUGGGACAUCAAGAAGCUGUGGAAAUACUGCUGGACCACAAUGCAAAAGUUGACUUAGCUGAUGGAGAUGGGCGCACUGCUCUGUCAGUCGCUGCCCUCUGUGUCCCUACAGCAGCUGGAGUCAAAGGUUAUGGUGAGGUAGCAAGUCUGUUACUGGAGCGUGGAGCAGAUCCAGGACACAGAGACCAUGACGGAAUGACACCAUUGCUUCUUGCAGCGUACGAGGGCCAUGAUGACGUAGUUGAGCUUUUAUUAGAAGCUGGUGCUGAUGUAGAUGAGACUGCCGGUCCUGACGGCAAUGUCUCUGCUGCGGCUGCUGUCACUCCCCUGCUGGCAGCUGCAGCGAUGGGCCACAUGAGGACAGUGUCACGGCUGCUUUUCUGGGGAGCAGCUGUAGACGCCAUCGAUUGUGAAGGAAGGACGGCACUCUGCCUGGCGGCAGCAAGAGGCAGCAUUGAGGUUGUCCGUGCCCUGCUGGACCGAGGCCUGGACGAGAACCACAAGGAUGACCUUGGUUGGACUCCACUGCACGCUGCUGCCUGUGAAGGCCAUCGAGCUGUGUGUGCUGCUUUGACGGAGCGAGGUAGCAUGGCACGUGUCGGAGAGAUGGACAUUGAAGGACGUACGCCUCUUAUUCUGGCAGCACAGGAAGGUCACUGGAGCUCUGUCAGGCUGUUGUUGGACAGACGAUCUCCCAUUGACCACAGGGCGUACGAUGGACAUUCUUCCUUGAGUGCUGCCCUCCUUGAGGGCCAUGCUGAGGUUGCAGAACUGCUCAUGAGGCGAGGAGCCGAUACAGAUGUCCGGGACGCAGAGGGAAGACCCUUGCUCUACCUCCUGGUGCUUGAGGGUGGCCUCGAAAUGGCUACUCUCCUCAUAGAGAAAGGCGGGGUGCCUAUGGAGUCCCGAGACUCAGAGGGCCGCACAGCGCUCCAUGUGGCCUCCUGGCAGGGAUCUGUAGAGAUGGUAGACCUACUUUUAAAGCACGGGGCAAACCCCAAUGCACAGGAUACAGAGGGAAGACCACCAGUGCAUUCAGUGGCUUGGACAGGACAUGCUGAAGUAGGACACCACCUCCUAGGAGCCAAUGGUGUCAAUAUAGAUCUUGCUUGCCACCAGGGUGCAACAGCUCUGAGCAUCGCGGCUCAGGUGGGACAUGCUAAUAUUGUUGCAAUGCUUCUGGAAAGAGGUGCAAAUCCUGAUCACAUGGAUAAAUAUGGCCGUACUCCUGUCAAAGUGGCUGGGAAACACGGUCACUUUAACAUUGUCAGGCUCUUGGAGAGCUACGGAGCCAAGCCAUAUGUAGGCCUGUUGCCUAACUCUGGUACCUUCUCCCCUGUGAAACCCACCAAGAUGCUCUUCUCAGGCAUCUCAGAGAGUAAUGGAGGUGAAGGCACAGCCAUGACCUCUUCCUCUUCAGUAUCUUCUCCUGGCUCCACUGCAGAACGAUUCCACUCAAUGCAGAGCUCCCAAACCUCAUCUACCUGCCACUCGCUGGCGACGGUGCAGACGGUGCCAGCUGACAGCCUCAGCUUCAUUCAGCAGAUCCAACAGCACUCACUGCCUCGCAGUCGUAGCCGUCCCUCCACUCUCCCCCCACCAGGGAGCUCAGGCAUGGGCAGCCUCCAUGGAAGUAGCCAGAGGCAUCCCAAAGGCAGCUCUCCUCCCACUGUUUGCACAGUCACUGCCAUGGUGCACAACUGCGAACUGCCUCCGAAAGGCUUGUCGUCUGGACUUGAAUAUCACGACAAACUGAACAAACAAAACUCAAACUUGAUAAAAGCUGACAGGACUACUUACGCUGGUGGGAAAUGGCACUCUGUCAUGGCUUCUCUUGGGAUCAUGCCAGGCCAAGACAGUCCUGCAGUAGGUGCUAAAAACAGAGACAGUCCUCCUCUGGGCUACCCUUACAGGUUACAGAGCCCACUUCAAGGGGAAGCUUGGGAUUCUCUACCCCAGAAGAACAUUUUGUCACCUGCUUGCUACAAUUUUAGCCCAGACCCACCUUGUAGUGCCUUGCCAGAGGGUGUUAUGACAACCACAGACCCACAACUUAAUCUGAAACAGGCCAUCAAACUUCAGUUUGAGGGUCCCACCAGUGCAGCCUUAUACAAGAGAGAGACACCCCUGUGACCAAACUUUACAAACCUUUUCUUUUACUUCGUUGCAGUACGUCAGUUUGUGCUGAACCAAUGUAUCCAGUAAAACUAAAUACUUGCUGGUUCCAAUGUCUCCAGUGUUAAUUAGUGUAAAUUAGGGUUUAGUCAUUUAUUUUAAGAAAACAAUUGACCAAAAACAGAAAUAGUCCUUAGUUGCCCACAGUGUUUUAUUUUGUGGUGGAGCAUUCACAGAAAUUAAAAUUGUAAUGACGACAUCUUUGUUUUAGUUGGUGGUUCUUCAGCUCAUGGAGAAAGCCGUUUCUACGGUGUACAAUGACUUUCUGGGUUCAGAUGAGAGAGGAAGCGAUUCCUUUCUCCACCCCUCUCCACAAAUUGAGAGGAAACACAAACUCAAUGACAUGAAAGCUUACAUUCCUGCCUUUCCGUCUCACUCCUGCCUGUCUUGUGUGUUGAGCAGGGCUCUCACAGACAGGAGACCAUGCUUUAGAGUGUAAAGUUCUACAGUAACACUCCCUCUUAUGGAACACAACUGUCUAGGCUGGGUUAUGCUAUAUUUGUAAAAAAUUUUGCUUGUAAAAAAAUACCUUUUUCUAAGCAGUAAAUGUUGUUUAAGAGCUUUAAGCUUGUGGCCUUGAUCUUUAUUGAAGCCUUUGAUAUUUACUAUAAACUGGCCUUCAUCCCCCAUAUGUCCGUCAGUGACGACCAAAAACAGAGAAGCAAGCCUACCAAAGCUCGACCCAGUGUGUGGUUUAUGAUACAAAUUAUAAAAGACAGCCAAGUUUGCUGAACCAAUUUGGCUCUCUCGCAGUGUGUCUGUGUGCAGGCAGGAAGCAAAGGGAAAAUUGGACCAUAAAAACUGAGGGUGGAUGUUGGAGGUUGGUGAUCCAAACUUGUAUGUGGCCUGAAAAAAUGUCUAGUUCUAUAUCAUUUUUUUCAUUGGAUUAAUAUUUAAUACAUUCACUCAUUAAAAAGGCAAACUGUGGCAUAUGUCUACCUCUACUUAUUUGUCAAUGUGUCCAAGUGUUUAAAUGUUUUAUUUCACUCACUUUACAACUAAAUGUCACGGAUAGCUUCUGAUGUGUUAGCAUCAUGCAGAGAUGAAAGUCUGGCAGCGGGCUGAUGGUGGCCACAUGGGACUAUAAAACCAAGCUCUACUGGACAGUUUUGAAGGAGAAAGCAGGUCUCUGCAGACAGGUCCAAAAGUGAUUUAGCCUGCUUUGUUCUGACAGUUUUACCUGUGAGGUAUUUGGACCUUGGGAACUGCAUUUCAGAACUGCAUUUUAUCAUCAUAGGUGCCUAGAUGAAGGUUUAGUGCCUGAAAGGCUCUAUUAUUUAAUACUUGCAUUAGACUUGAGUGCACGGAGCCUUUCUUUCAUUCAUUUUCAGUUGUGUUGAGUGUUUUGGCCUUCUUGUAACAACUGCAUUGUGUUGUGUGUGUGAGUGUGUGUGUGUGUGUGUGAGUGAAGUGAUUUUAUCAAAUUGACUCCCACAGUCAUGUUUUUCACUGAAUUACGAUGAAUCUACAAUACAAUUAAAUACAAAUAAGUGUUAUUGACUCUGUUGUAUUUGACAUGGGCAGUUCUCAGCAAAUCCCUUUAUCUCCAGCUCUCUGAUUACUGAUUUUGUGUUUGUAUAGAAAGUUAAAUGCCCCCCUCCUCUUCCUAGCCUUGAGCUGUGCUCUUUACCACUUGCAAUUCAGUG